UGGAAGCACGUCUUCGCCUCUCUCUCUCCCGUUUCCUCCCUCUCUCGCAUUUGAUAAUUUGACUGCAAACUUUAUAAGACAAACGGAUACCAUCUAUCUAUAUUCAGAAACCUGUAGUUUCCACGCUACCCCCGGUUGCAGGUUGCAACCAACUCUAGUUGAACUGGCUCCAAAAAAUGACUGCUCACCUGUUUGCCCUAAAUCGGUUUUAAAUUUAUAUCUACACGACGAAGUCCUCAACUUCCAAAACAAAACUCUGAACUUCUGUACCCAAAUACUAAAGCUUCUCCGCUCCUGAUAAAGCGCGGCCCUGUGUGGACACGGAAGUGUCGAACUGCUCGGACCGGAUCUACUUGAAAAUUCUAGUGCAGAGGAUUGAAGUUGCAGAGAUGAGUGAGAGCAAGAGUUUUCAGCUUGGGACCAUUGGUGCUUUGGGCCUGUCAGUGGUUUCGUCAGUAUCGAUCGUAAUUUGCAAUAAAGCGCUUAUGAGCUAUCUAGGUUUCAUUUUUGCUACGACUCUGACAAGCUGGCAUUUGCUUGUCACCUUCUGUUCCCUGCAUGUUGCACUUUGGAUGAAACUGUUUGAACACAAACCUUUUGAUCCACGAACUGUAAUUGGAUUUGGAAUUCUCAAUGGGAUUUCAAUUGGAUUGCUAAACCUUAGUCUGGGUUUCAACUCAGUUGGUUUCUAUCAGAUGACCAAGCUGGCAAUCAUCCCUUGCACUGUGCUGUUGGAGACCCUUUACUUGAGCAAGAGAUUCAGUAGGAGUGUUCAGUUUUCUCUUGCCAUCCUCCUUCUCGGUGUUGGAAUUGCUACUGUUACAGAUCUGCAGCUCAACAUCCUGGGCUCUGUCUUGUCCUUGCUUGCAGUUGUUACAACAUGCAUAGCACAGAUUAUGACGAAUACAAUCCAGAAGAAAUAUAAAGUUUCUUCAACCCAGCUUUUAUAUCAAUCAUGUCCAUAUCAAGCAAUGACCUUGUUCAUAUCUGGUCCAUUUCUAGAUAAGUUUUUGACCAAUCAAAAUGUGUUCACGUUCAAGUAUACUCCAGAUGUACUGGCUUUUAUUGUACUUUCGUGCUUGAUCUCUGUCUCUGUUAAUUUUAGCACAUUCCUUGUGAUUGGAAGGACAUCUCCUGUCACCUAUCAGGUUCUUGGGCAUUUGAAAACUUGCCUGGUAUUAGCAUUCGGUUAUGUUUUACUACACGAUCCAUUUGGCUGGAGGAACAUUAGUGGGAUUGUGAUUGCGCUGGUUGGGAUGGUUUCCUACUCCUAUUAUUGUAAUCAUGAAAAUCAGAAAAAAACCAUUGAACCAACAGCGACACCUGAGGCUGAGGAAGGUGAAUCUGAACCUCUAACACAUGCAGAAAAUGGUGCUGCAGCAUUUAAUGAUAUUGCUGUUUCCAGGGCACCAGAACGGAAAUCUGAGAGGUUCAUGCAUGCAUAAAUGCUUCCCAGGUUUGUGGUGCUUGUGUACACAGCUGCAAUGGAACUGUUUGAACUCUGAUAAGUUGACGCCAAUGUAGUGCAAGUGGGGGAUGUUGAUAAAAAUUCUGGUCCUGUAACCCCAGCAAUCAUGUGCGUAGCAGGUCCUUGAUAUUGCUACAGUAUAUAUUUGUGUAUAUAUAUCUGACAUGCCAAUCAUAUUUUGUUCUGAGGAUUGCAUACUUUUGGAAUUUAGAAUUUGAAUUUUCAAUUUUUAUAGCUUUUUUAAUUGUAAAAAUUGUGUAGUUUCUCAACAGAAAAGAAUAUUGUGAUUUUUUAAAACA